GCAAUAUAUGACGUAUUGAGUUUGUAAACUGCAUGGGCCAACUCCAACAAUGUUGGAUUUUGUCAAUAUUUCAUGCAGUAAAAGCAAAUUAGCUUCCAAAAAUUUUUACAACCUGGCAUGGAUUUUUGCCAUAGUGGCUUGUUGUCUCAGUACGUUUCUUGCGAUUAAAAAUCACGAAAGAAUGAAAAGAUUUGAAAAAACAUUGCUAAUAACAAGAAAUAUAGCACAAAAACACAGCGUUUUGAUGCAAAGUCGAAUCAAAAGAGAAAUACAAGAAUACAGGAAUGGAGAAGUUCCAAAGCUCGUAAUUAAGAAAAAUGAGAAAAAUAAGAAAAAACCCAUGGAGAAUCUUGUACUGGAGAGUGGCGGAACUACAUACGUGAGAUGGGGAAGGAGAGAUUGUCCCGAGAAAACCCUCACCAGCAUUGUAUACAGUGGUGUUGCUGCUGGUACCCAUUAUUCACAUGGCGGAGGCGCUGCCAAAUACAUUUGUAUAUUUGGAAACAUAACUUAUGAUCACGGAAGAUAUGUGGAAGGAUCUCAAGGGUCCUCUCACAUUUAUGGAGUUGAAUACAGGGAUAGCGCAUGGACGUAUCCUUUGUUUAACCUGUCGGAAACAGAAAAUAACGCUUUACAAUUUCACUCUGUACCAUGUGCUUUAUGCAUGGCAGAAGCAAUGGUGGCUCAAAUAAUGAUCCCCGGACGCGAAUCAUGCCCUAAAGGCUGGAUGUUGGAGUAUCGAGGUUACAUCAUGGCUGGGGGACACGGAGACACUCACACUUCGAAUUUUAUAUGUGUCGACGAAACACCUCAAGUCGUUCCUGGAACCAAUGCAAACGAUAAAGGAUCUUUUCUUUUUAUGGUUGAACCUCAAUGCCCCUCACUACUUUGUGAGCCUUUUGUGGUUGGAAGAGAGUUACGAUGUGUAGUUUGUACAAUGUAAAAAUAUUCUAUAAAAUGGUAUAAUUAUCCUGUAUAAUUUUAUUUGCGUCUGUAUGACUACGAAUAUAUGUGAUCUUUUUGACUGUUUUUCAUUCAUCGUGUAUGCCAGGACUUCUCAAACUAGGGGCCACGAAGAGAACACCAAUUUUACACAAAAGUACCUUUAUACUUUUACUAUCUAUUGUACUUUUUUAGACACUUGAUUCGAAAUACAAUUAUAUAAACUACUGUUAAAGUAAAAUCUCACUAUUCCAAGUGAAUACAUCACCAUACUCCAAAAACCAUUUAUUGUCUUCAAUUUUGUUUCAAAAAUAACACUAGGAAUUUUUUGGGGCAUGUCUUUCAUUUCAUUUUUCAAAAAAAAAUGCGAAGUAAAGAAUUAUGAUACUUUUAAAUAUACAAAGAAUGAAAACUGAUUUCCACUGACCUAUACGGUUUUAUUUAAAAUAACUACUAAACAUGGUUUACUAACUAUUAAAAAGACUAGGAAAGAUUUUUGCUAUCGCCUAGGUCGGGCAACCCCUGGCACUUGGCACGCGAGCCCAUUUAUUCGGCACGCGAGCGAAUCCUCGGAAAUGAGAUCAUGUUUCUUCAGAUAUAAAGUUUCAAAACUAUGAAUUAUCUGAUGAAACUAGGUGUUCGUUUAUUCAUUAUCGUAUGUCAACAAUCCGUUAUUUAUUUAAACUUUUUUUUUUCCUUUUGUGACAAAUGGCUGCACAGAAAUA